AUGGCUUUCACAGGGACUAAGUCACCAAGGGAACGCAUCAACAUGGACCCACUGACCUACAACGAAGUGCGAACCCGUCCUUCCCUCGAGGAGCGUUUAGAGUCCAUCAUCAGUGGGGCAGCGCUCAUGGCAGACUCAUUCUGCACAAGGGACGACAGGAGGCUCAAGAUUGUCGAGGAAUGCAACGCUGUGAGACAGGCUCUGCAGGACCUUCUGACAGAAUAUAUGGAUAAUAUGGGACGCAAACAGCCCUCGGAAAAUCUGGACAAGGCAAUUGAUCACAUGUAUCGCAAGACCAAGGACCUCAGACGUCAACUGCGUAAAGCUGUAGUUGAUCAUGUUUCAGAUAGUUUCUUAGAGACAAAUGUACCACUGCUAGUUUUAGUUGAAGCUGCAAGGAAUGGCAACGAGAAGGAAGUGGAGGAGUACGCACAGGUCUUUACUGAACAUGCAAACAAAUUGGUGGAAGUUGCAAACUUGGCCUGCACCAUGUCCAACAAUGAGGAUGGUGUGAAGAUGGUGCGCUAUGGUGCAGCGCAGAUAGAACACCUCUGCCCUCAGGUCAUCAAUGCUGCGCGUAUUCUGGCGGCACGGCCCAAAUCCAAGGUUGCUCAGGAGAACAUGGAUGCCUUCAAGGAUGCCUGGGAGAACCAAGUGCGCAUCCUUACAGAGUCUGUGGAUGACAUCACAACCAUUGAUGACUUCCUCGCUGUUUCAGAGAGUCACAUCUUAGAGGAUGUGAAGACAUGCGUACGAGCCAUCAACGAAGGUGAUCCUGACACUCUAGACCGUAUUGCUGGUGCUAUUCGAGGCCGGUCUGCCCGUGUGUGCCAUGUGGUUGCAGCGGAAAUGGAUAACUAUGAGCCUUGCAUGUACACUGACCGAGUUUUGGAGGCAGUGAAGGUUUUGAGAGACCAGGUGCUGCCAAACUUUGCCCAGAGAGUGGACGUGGCAGUUGAAGUCCUAAGCAGCACACCAGGCAAAGAGGUGGAUGAGAAUGAGUUCAUUGAUGCCUCGCACUUGGUGUAUGACGGUGUGCGAGAGAUCCGCAUGGCUGUGCUGAUGAAUAAGGCUGAUGACGAGUUAGAUCCGGAUGAUGUGCUGAUGGAUGAGUACCAUACUUUGGAGAUCAGGAGCAAGUCGAGUGCACACACUGUGGACACAACCAUCGAUGAGUACCCGGGUGUAAGUGGCAUCACGACAGCCAGAGACGCCAUGAGGAACCUUAGUGAGGAGGACAAGGACAAGAUUGCCCAACAGGUGGAGAACUUCAGGUUGGAGAAGGUCAAGUUCGACCAGGAGGUAGCCAAGUGGGACGACACAGGCAACGACAUCAUUGUCCUGGCCAAGCACAUGUGCAUGAUUAUGAUGGAGAUGACAGAUUUUACCAGGUAGGGUCGAGGGCCACUCAAGACCACCAUGGAUGUGAUCAAUGCUGCGAAGAAGAUUUCAGAGGCAGGCACAAAGUUGGACAAGCUCUCCCGGCAAAUUGCCGACCAGUGCCCCGAGUCGCGCACCAAGGAUGACAUGUUGGCAUACCUUGACCGCAUUGCCCUUUACUGUCACCAGCUGAACAUCACCUCUAAGGUCAAGGCAGAUGUGCAGAACAUCUCUGGAGAGCUGAUUGUGUCUGGGCUGGACUCAGCCACCUCCCUCAUCCAAGCAGCGAAGAACCUCAUGAAUGCCGUGGUCCUUACUGUCAAAUGCUCCUAUGUGGCCUCCACCAAAUACCCACGUCAGGGAACCAUCGCAUCGCCCAUUGUGGUGUGGAAGAUGAAGGCCCCUGAGAAGAAGCCGCUAGUGAGACGUGAAAAGGCAGAGGAUGUGCGGGCCAAGGUGCGCAAGGGUAGCCAGAAGAAGCAGGUUUCGGCGCUCAAGGCACUUGCUGAGUUCCAGAGUCCAGCAGAUGCAAUCUAGGGUUCUGAUUUCCUCCCGUAGGUCCAAAGGUCUUAGCAGAAGUAAUUGUGCGUGCACUUGUUAACUUCGCCAUGUAAAUGAUAGGGAGUUUCUUGAGUUUUCAGAUGUCUCUUUUUCAACAGUGUCCCUAAGAUGCCUCUGGCCUGUCCUUGGCCAGUAAGAGGCAGAAUUUCUCUGGGAUUUGUUAUGUUAAUCUUUCCUUUCUCCCUCCUCCCUUUCCCUAGCCUAUGACUUCCUCCCUCCCCUCAGAUGUGUGGGUGUUAGGCAGCUGUUAUAGCCUCAUAAGGAAAAUGCCGGCAAGUUAAAUGUUAUACCACGGCAGAAAUGGAUGGCAGACAUGGAACCGAAAGAAAUGGCGAAGGAAAGGGGAUAAGAAUAGGGAGUGAAGGGGAGGGAGUAAUUAGAAUAGAGAUAGAAUAAUAAUGAAUUAUUAAAAAUGAGAUUGUAAUUGUAAAGAAACAUGAGGGGAAAAUGUAAAGAAAGAGAGGAAGGGUAGUAAGGAAAAUAGGGAUAUAUUAAAAGUGAGAGAAAAAAUAUGAGAUUUGAAUGGUCUUUCAUCACCUUUCAUUCUUUGAUUAAGGAAUCUGUGAUUUUCACUCUCACUGAUGGUAGUUUAAAUAGAGGAUUUGUGUGUUAGAGCAAAAUUCUUGGCAAAAAGUGUAAAAUAAUUGGAGUUCAAUUUCAUCUUCUUUGGCAUUUUGAAUGUUCUAUAUAUAUUUGUCAGAUGUGAAGAAAGAUUCAAGGAACCACAAGGGCUUAAGAUAAUAGAAAAAAAGAAAAAGUGAAAAUGACCAUAUUCCGCAGAUUCUCCCACAUCAACUCCUGUUGUGCGACAGUUUGCACCUCAUGAGCGGUGGAAUGCUUGCCAGUCUAGAGUAGGAAGGCAUUAUUAGUUUCUGAUUUUAUAAUCACCCAAAAUUACCUCCACAUUAUUGUUAUUAAAAAAACAAACAAAAAAAACAUAGUGAUGUUCACUCUAAAAAGAGGAAAGAAAGAAAAAAUAUUAAAGCCUUUUUUUCGCUCUCUUUUUGAUGUACUAAGAUAGUAAAAAAACAAAGAACAAGCCAUUUUGUGGUCUUGUUCAAAUACUCUCUUAUUGAGACCAUUAGUUAGUACAUUAUUAUGUAGAGAUGAUAAUUCAUAUCUAAAGUUGUGGAUUGAGUUGUUUAUAAUUUUUUUUUUAUUCUAUUAUUUUUUAAUUGUAUCUAUUUUUAUAUAUAUUUUCUAAAACUGAUGUGCUGGCCCAACACCAUUUAUACAGGGACAGCACAAUAGUAUUCUUGUUGUUAUAGGUACUAAUAUAAGUUGUGUGAUUAUUACAUAUUCAUGUUUAUUAUAUUUUAUCAGUAUUUUCAUUGUUGCUUAUGUAAAGUAUAUAUAUAUCUUUUUUAUGAUCAUUGCCACUUGAAUUAUUGCCAUUUUUAUUUAUUAGCUUUUUAGGCUUUGCGUUACUGUUCCUAAUUGAUCAUUGUAUAAAAGGACAUUCAUAGUUUGUCACUUAUUGUGUUAUAUCAUUGCUACGUGAAUGUUGAAAGGAACCAAUAAAAGAUUUUUAGAACUUACGAGGACCAAGAAAAACAAGAAAGAAACUACCAUGCUCUUGGUAGAAGACAAACUAAAUAUGUAUAGUCGUCCAUUCUUGGAUAUUUUAUGUUAGGAUGUCCACAAGGGUAAAUAGAAAAUGAGAAGGUAUUUGUUAUAUAUACCUACAUACUGUGCGUAUACAUAUAUGAGUAUAUAUAUCUAUACGUUAUAUUUCUGUGUGUGUAGAAUGAACUGCACAGUCAGGUAUAAUCCAAAGAGAAUGUGGCAGUUUUUGCAAUAAUUCAUGUUUGUUUAAUUAUAAGACUUACUAUUCCAAUGGUAUACAUAGAAAAGGAAAUGAUAAAAAGCUAAAAAAAAAAACAAAAAAACUUUAUUUAUCAGAAAGAAAGUAUGAUAAGAGAGGCAAAGAUGGUACAAAGACGAAGCAGUUAAGUUACCAGGAACUUUUUUUUAUAAAAGACUGAUUGGUAACUUGUUCUUCCCAUGAUAUCAUUCCAAAUUUAUAUUUUUCCUUUCAAGUCUCUCCUCGUCAUAUUGUUCGUUAGGGUAUAAGUAAAGUUUUCCUUCAUUGAUUAUGUUUUUGGCUCCGGGUCUGUGCUGUAGCCUCCCCCAAAGCCCCCCCCUGGCUACUGCACAUCACAUAUGUAGCCAAGUUACAUGCUCUUACUACUGCGUGCUUGUGAACUCUUUUCUGUGUUCCACUUUUGGUGCGCUCUUUCCCUCCAUGUCCUUUAGAAAAGGAGAGAGGAGAAACCAUUUUCAAUUCAUCUUUUCUCUUCUUCUGAAGGGGGAAAAAGCAGCCUGAACACCUUUUGAUAUUUCAUUCUUGCAUAUCAUGUUUCAUUGUACAUUAUGAUGGAUUUCGUAAGAACUGUACUGUAUGUAGCACUCGGCAGCUUUUUGUAUAUUGGUAGGCUAAGUUUCUCGUUGGUGGGAUCAUUGAAUUAGGCAGAGUGGGCACCAAAGCAGGUCGUAAGGCGUGUUCGAUCAGGGAGACUUUAUAAUUUAUUUUGUUAUAUUUCAAGGAACAUGUUUAAGAAAUUGUAAUGGUUAGGUAAAUGAUAAUUAUAUUACAAAAAACAAGGUAAUAAUGAUAAGGUAUGGCAUUGUGUAAAUCUUUAUGAUAAAUCUAGGAUGAUUCUAAUGUUGACAAUGAUAAAGAAAGUGCUUCAAAGAAAUUAUACUUAUCCAUUGGUAACAUUUUGUCAUUGUGUUCCAUAGCACUUGCAUUUGAUUAAACUUUUUUUCAGUAGUAGUGUCACAAGGCUUUAUAUAGUAAGGUUAACAGAUAUUAUUAUGAUUUCAUGGCUGUUGAAAUUGUAUCUUUUGUGUAAAAUAUUCAGAAAUGUAGAUAGUGCUAGGUGUAGCACAGGCAUUAUUGAAAUAUUUUUGGUUGCACAGUUUUUGGAUCUUUAGAAACAUCAAACACAUUUAAAAAGUUUCAGUUGUAUCAUCAUGAUUUAUUUCCAUGAAUAUUUUUUCUAUCCAUAAAAUACCAUGUACUUGGGUGCCAAAAUAUAUGUAAAAGAUCCGA